GGGCGGGUCCGGCUCUUCUUCUUCCUCCCCCGCCCGGUUCUCCCGGCAUCCUUUGCGCCGCCUCUUCCUGCUUGCUCGUUGGCAGAAGGGAGAGAGACGCCCUCCCAGAGGCCCCUCAGAAUGACGACUCUGGAUGACAAACUGCUGGGAGAGAAGCUCCAGUACUACUAUAGCAGCAGCGAAGAUGAAAACAGCGAGAAGGAGGAGGGAGAGGAGGAGACGCACACCAUCCGAGAGGCCGCCCCGCCGGCAGAGAUGGCGCUCAGUAGCGACGGGAGUGCCAUCAACACAGGUCCCAAAGGUGUGAUCAACGACUGGAGGCAGUUCAAACAACUGGAGACGGAGCAGCGGGAGGAACAGCGUCGGGAGAUGGAGCGGCUCCUCAAGAAGCUGUCCGUGACCUGCAGGUCCCACCUGGACGAGGAGGCUGACAAGCGGAAGCAGAAAGAGCUUCAGGCGAAGAUGAAUAGCAAGCUUACGCUGCAAGAGUACAGCUUGCUGCACGAGAGCACAGACGACGAGGAGUUCCUGCAGCAGUACCGCCGGCAGCGGAUGGAGGAAAUGCGCCGGCAGCUGCACAGCGGGCCGCAGUUCAAGCAGGUCUUUGAGAUCGAGAGCAGCCAGGCCUUCCUGGACGCCCUGGAGGAGGGCCACAAGAACACCCUGGUGAUGAUCCACAUCUACGAAGACCAGGUCCCUGGGAGCGAGGCCCUGGACGGCUGUAUGCUCUGCCUGGCCGCCGAAUACCCCGCGGUCAAGUUCUGCCGGGUCCGCAGCUCCCUGCUCGGCACCAGUGCCCAUUUCAGCACCCACGCCCUGCCGGCCCUCUUGGUCUACAAGGGAGGGGAGCUGAUCGGCAACUUUGUCCGCAUCACGGACCAGCUGGGGGAAGACUUCUUCGCCGGAGACUUGGAGUCCUUCCUUCAGGAGUGUGGCCUGUUGCCGGAGAAGGAGGUGGUGUUCCUCUCCUCGGUCAGAAACCCUUCCUCCUGCUACAGUGAGGAAGACAGCGAUCUGGAGAUAGACUGAGGCGUCAGCGAGGCUGGCCCAGCUCCUGCCCCGCACGGUAGCUUCCAAACAUCUCUUGCUCCUUGCUCGCUCCUAGUCUCUCGGUUUCCCAAAUCGGCAGCUCCAUCCAGAGUCCUGGAACCCGGAAAGGCGACCAUAAAAGCAGCGCGGAGUCUGGAUGAGCCCCACUCCACCUCCUGAUUCAUGGUAUUAUUCAUGGACUUGAAUAGUAAAGCAGGCAUGCUGGGUGCUAGGAAAUUUGGGAGGAGGCCAGGCGUCUGGCAGCUGCGUGAUUGUCUGGUGACAUGGAGCCAUCUCUGCCACGCUGCAGUGAACCGGGACCUGUAGGGCUUAAAUUCCUGAAAUAAUACCUAUCAACUCUUGAUCGCUGCUUUUUGAAGCUGUGAGUCUUGAUGAUGUAAAAUGUCCUUCUCCAACGCAGGCAGUCUGCGCCUGCGUGGAUGUGGUCGUGCAUUCUUGUCCGUCUGUCCUGCGUGUCAUCGUUCCUGUGAAUAUCUUGACUUAUUUUGCUGAACUCUUUUACUCCAUGCGAGGAAUUCUUAGCCGUUUUCUUAAAUUAAAGCAAUAAAACCAGCAUAUUUAAAAGUUUCA